AUGUCUUACCUGCUACCACAUCUCGAGACAGCAGAAGCUGUCAAUAAUGCUUUGCAGACCGAAGAGGAGCGCGUGGUCGUCAUUCGCUGGGGUACAGACUCCGACCCGACUUGCAUGAUCAUGGAUGAGACGCUGUACAAAGUGGCAGAGUUGGUAAAGAACUUUGCAGUGAUCUACCUUGUCGACAUCUCACAGGUGACAGCUUUUAACGAGGACUACCAACUGACAGAUCCAUGCACCGUCAUGUUUUUCCACAGGGACAAGCACAUCAUGGUCGACAUGGGAACUGGAAACAACAACAAGAUAACCUUCCCCAUGACGAAUACACAAGACCUGAUUGACAUAAUUGAGGUCGUCUAUCGUGGUGCAAGAAAAGGCAGGGGCCUCGUAGACGCUCCACGCGACUACAGCACAAAGCUGCAGUAUUAG